AUAAUGCAAUAGAAGUACAGUUGUGUUGGUUAGAUUGAGUUGGAGAAAUGGCGGAAAGGUGAGCAGAUCUAGAAAUGAACAGACUUCUGCCACUGUAAGCCGAUGUUUCUGCCUUAGUGACACAAAUAACAUACGAUGUAAUAGUCUGAACAUAUUUUGGAUAACUUUACAUCUGUAACCAUGGCUACUGCAAGUAGCGGUAGUAGUAGUUCUUCAAAGACUGAGUUUGUUGUUGGAGGCAAAUACAAGUUGUCUCGCAAGAUUGGUAGCGGAUCAUUUGGGGAUAUUUACCUUGCUGUUAAUAUGACCAAUGGCGAGGAAGUUGCUACAAAAUUAGAAAGUGUUAAAGCAAGACACCCACAGCUAUUAUAUGAAUCAAAAGUUUAUAAAAUCCUCCAAGGUGGAGUUGGCAUACCACAUAUUAGAUGGUUUGGACAGGAAAAGGAUCACAAUGUGAUGGUUUUGGAUCUUCUUGGGCCAAGUUUGGAAGAUUUGUUCAAUUUUUGCUCUAGAAGGUUCACAAUGAAGACUGUGUUAAUGUUGGCAGAUCAGAUGAUUGGCAGGAUAGAGUAUGUUCAUAAUAAAAACUUCAUCCACAGAGACAUAAAACCGGAUAAUUUUCUCAUGGGGAUUGGAAGACAUUGCAAUAAGUUGUACUUGAUUGACUUUGGCCUUGCCAAAAAGUACAGAGAUGCCCGUACGAAACAGCACAUUCAUUAUAGAGAGGACAAAAACCUAACGGGCACUGCAAGAUAUGCAAGCAUCAAUGCUCAUCUUGGCAUCGAGCAAUCCCGUCGUGAUGACAUGGAGUCUCUUGGAUAUGUCCUCAUGUAUUUUAACCGUUCCACUUUGCCAUGGCAGGGAUUAAGGGCUGCUACUAAAAAACAAAAAUAUGAGAAAAUAAGUGAAAAGAAAAUGUCCACCCCAGUUGAGGUUCUUUGCAAGGGCUUCCCAACGGAGUUCGCUAUGUACUUAAACUAUUGUCGUGGACUGAGGUUUGAAGAGGCACCUGACUACAUGUAUCUGAGACAGUUAUUCAGAAUACUGUUCCGUACACUCAACCACCAGUAUGACUAUGUGUUCGACUGGAGCAUGCUGAAGCAAAAGGCAGCAGCCACUGCCACAGUUGGCAGUUCUGGUGCUCUAGCAGCCCCACCUACUGCUACUAAAAGAGAGAGUGAUGAGAGAAUGAAGAGGAAAGGAGCCAGCAAAGGCCAUUAAUUGGUCUUUUGGUGGCAGUUAGGCAAAUAUCUGACAGCAAAAGUUUAGGAACUGAAAAAUACUUCAAAAAGGUGUACUGUUUCUGUAAUUAAGCCUUUUUUAUUUACUUGCAGCUAACAUAAACCAUGAAUUCAAAGUUAGAUGAUUCAUAAAGGGAGACCGUUAUUCCUACGUAAAGAGUUUUGUAACAAUACAAGUGACAUUUUGUUUCUUCAGUCUGUUAAUUUAGGCUGAGGUUUGUUAGAAGUUGUUGUUUAAACAGAA